AUGGAGGAGCAACAGAACCACGCGGACAAGAAUGUCCACUUUGACGACUCGGCCGCCCUCGAGCAGCUUGGCCACAAGCAAGAGCUGCAGAGAAAUUUCUCAAAGGUUUCUCUGCUGGGUCUUGCCUUUGCCAUUCUCAACACCUGGACCGCCCUGUCCGCCUCCAUCAGUCUCGCCCUCCCCUCUGGUGGACCUAGCGCCGUCAUCUGGGGAUUGAUGGUCGCCGGUAUCUGCAACCUUUGUCUCGCCGCUCCUUUGGCCGAAUUCCUCUCUGCCUAUCCUACAGCUGGUGGACAAUAUCACUGGAGUGCUCUUAUCAGUUGGCCCAGAUGGUCUAGAGGCAUCAGCUAUGUGACCGGCUGGAUCAACGCUGCUGGCUAUGUCAUCCUCACUGCCACCGCGCCCCUUCUCGGAAGCACCUUUGUUAUCGACACCAUCUCGUUCAUGCAUCCGACCUACGAGCCCAAGGCCUGGCAUCAGUUCCUCAUCUACCUCGGUUUCACCUUCAUCGCCCUCUUCAUCAACGCCUUUGCCAACCGCCUCCUCCCACUGUUCAACAAGGCUGCGUUCCUGUGGAGUAUCUCUGGUUUCGUCAUCAUCAGCAUUACGGUCCUUGCCUGUGCCUCUCCCAACUACCAGAGCGGUGGCUUCGUCUACGGCAAGUUCAUCAAUGAGGUUGGCUGGCCCGAUGGUCUAUCUUGGCUCCUUGGACUUCUUCAGGGCGCUUUUGCUCUUACUGGAUUCGAUGCCGCGGCUCACAUGAUUGAGGAGAUCCCCAACGCGCGAAAGGAAGGCCCCCGCAUCAUGAUCUGGUGCAUUCUCAUCGGCAUGGCCUCCGGUUUCAUCUUCCUCUCCUGCCUUCUCUUCGUCCUCAAGGAUGUCCAGACCGUCAUCGAGUCUCCCGCCGGCGCUCUCCUCCAGAUCUACUUCGAUGCCACCAACAGCAAGGCCGGAAGCGUUUGCCUCAUCGUCUUCUCUAUUGUCUGCAUGGUCUUCACUGCCACCGCCAUCAUGACCACUAGCGCCCGAAUGACCUAUGCCUUUGCCCGAGACCGCGGUCUGCCCUUCAGCAGCGUUUGGGCUGUUGUUCACCCCACCCUCGACGUGCCCCUCAACGCCCUUCUCUGGACCACUGCCUGGGUUAUCAUCUUUGGUCUGAUUCUCCUGGGAAGCUCCAGUGCUUUCAACGCCAUUACCGCCGCUUCCGUCGUUGCUCUUGGUGUCACUUACGCUAUCCCUCCCUUCAUCCACCUCUGCCGCGGUGGAAACAUGCUUCCCGAGGACCGACCUUUCAAACUCAGCACCCCCGUCAGAUGGGUCUGCAGCUUGGUCGGUAUUGCUUGGGCCAUCCUCACCACCGUCCUCUUCGUCUUCCCCCCCGAGCUCCCCGUCACCGCAACCAACAUGAACUACUGUAUCGCUGCCUUUGGCAUCAUCCUGCUCAUCGCUGUUGUCACCUGGAUCAUCGACGGAAGGAAGAACUAUAAGGGUCCCCUCAUCGAGAUGAACCAAGACGGUGCUACUCUGGAGGGAGCCUCCAUGGCCGAUACGACUUGCACUUCCAAUGCUGAGGAUGAUAUGAAAGGUCAUUAA